UUACUACACGUCACUUUGCUGUGACAAAAAUAAAUAAAAAAAAACUUUUUUUUACUCUGUUGUAUUGUAUCAAAAUGUCGAAAAGGUUAUUCUCUCAAGUGGCAAAUAAUGAAGAGGAUUCAAAAGCAGCGAUCCCGCUCAGUAAAAUGCAACCGGACCUUGUUAAUGGCAUUCCUCUUUCAGGCGAAGAUUACUUGCUUGUUGUUCGUCAGCAAGCAAAGCAAUGUGCCAAAACUGUUGUGGCACCACCUCCCAAAGUAAUCAAAAAAGUUCAGUUACCAGCUCACUUUCAGUUCUUUACGGAACAAGAUAAUAAAGAGGAUCAUGCGUCUGAUCACUGGAGGAAAGGAUAUGCGGAUCCUUUCAAAUCCUACCAAAAGCAUAUGCAAGCGACCAAGCCCAAACAAACGCAUAAAGAAAUCACAGCAAUGAAUGAAGCAUUCAUCUUGCUUUAUUCUAAUCCCGACCAAAAACUCAUUAUACCUACAUUCUCCCAGCAUUCUAUAUUAAGGCUACUUGAAUACCAUAUCAAUUGGCUCAAAACAAAAGAUAACACGGACGAACAGUUUCCUUGUAUAUUCCAAUUACUUGUAUACCUGGAUCCUGUGUUAACAUCGAAAAACAUGUCAGUCCUGAGAGACUUGUCAAGAGAAUGCAUACGUUUAAGAUCUGAUUCUACUUCUAAAGCGCCAUUGAAUAUCAUCAUUUCCAUUAUUUCUGAUGCCUUUGGUCAAUCUGACCUCAUUUGAAUAAAUGGUGUAUUGUACAAACUAAGAAAAACCCGAUUCCGGAAAAAUAGAUUGGAUUC